AUGUGGCGAACGUUUUCCCCCAUGCUACGGGCCAAACCGGGUGGCUUUCGAAUGUGGAUGCCCAACAUGCCCAUUACACUGAUAUCAGCCUCUGAUGCUACCGCUACCAUGCCCGCCAAGGCCGUCUUUCGGGUCCUGCCCAAGAUGACCAAGCACGAGAUCAAGGAAUAUUUGACCAAAAUCUAUGGCCUGCCCGUGAAAAAGGUCAACACUAUGAAUUACUUGGGAAAGCGAAAGAGACUUCAGACGGAGCGAAAAAUGGUCUAUUGGAGGUAUGCCGACUACAAGAAAGCAAUCGUCUCAUUCGACAGUUCCAUGCAGAGUGUGGGGACAGCCACCAAUCUGCCCAACUUAGAUGACGACGAGAGUUAG